UCCCUCGUGUCCAUCCGCAAGGCAGACGAGGCGGGAUACUCUGCGAUCUUCGCCCAUGGAGAGUGUCGUCUGCAGUCGCGCGAGACCGGUGACAUCGUCGCGCGCAUUCCAUCUUAUCACGGUCUCUACCAGAUCAUCUCCUGCUUUGCCGAUGAUCACACCCCCUCCCCUGCACAAGGCACCGACGACACCACGGCACUGAGCACGCGUCCGGCCAAACGCGGGCCGCUCACCAUAAGCGUCAUGGACCUCCACCGCACGAUGGGACACAUCUCACUCCGCACCGCCCGCGACAUGGUCACUCAGGGGCACACCGAUGGGAUCAAGCUCUCGGACACGGACGUCACCACUCAGUGCAAGACAUGUGUGCAAGCCAAGCUCACGCACAAGGCGAUCCCAGACGCCGCACACGGUGCCCCUCACGACAUCCCUGUAACCGCGUAUGGCGACAAGUUCCACUCCGACGUGUGGGACUCCGGCGAGACUUCUCUGGGGGGCGAUCGCAAGGCAGUUGUAUUCAUCGAC